CCCGCGCCUUCCUGCCCAUGGUGGACAACCUGCGCGGCAAGUCCGGCCAGGGCUACUACGUGCAGAUGGCGCUGGGCAGCCCGCCGCAGAAGCUCAACAUCCUGGUGGACACGGGCAGCAGCAACUUCGCGGUGGGCGCCGCGCCGCACCCCUUCCUGCGGCGGUACUACCAGCGGCAGCGCUCCAGCACCUACCGCGACCUGCGCAAGGGCGUCUACGUGCCCUACACCCAGGGCAAGUGGGAGGGCGAGCUGGGCACCGACCUCGUCACCAUCCCGCACGGCCCCAACGUCACCAUCAGAGCCAACAUMGCCGCCAUCACCGAGUCGGACAAGUUCUUCAUCAACGGCUCCAACUGGGAGGGCAUCCUGGGGCUGGCCUACGCGGAGAUCGCGCGCCCCGACGACAGCCUGGAGCCCUUCUUUGACUCGCUGGUGAAGCAGACGCGGGUGCCCAACAUCUUCUCGCUGCAGCUGUGCGGCGCGGGCUUCUCGCCCAACGGCAGCGAGGCGCUGGCGGCCGUGGGGGGCAGCAUGAUCAUCGGCGGCAUCGACCGCGCGCUCUACGUGGGCGACAUCUGGUACACGCCCAUCCGCAAGGAGUGGUACUACGAGGUCAUCAUCGUGAAGCUGGAGGUCAACGGGCAGGACCUCAACAUGGACUGCAAGGAGUACAACUACGACAAGAGCAUCGUGGACAGCGGCACCACCAACCUCAGGCUGCCCAAGAAGGUGUUCGAGGCUGCGGUGAGGUCCAUCAAGACGGCUUCAUCGACGGAGAAGUUCCCCGACGGCUUCUGGCUGGGGGAGCAGCUGGUUUGCUGGCAGGUGGGCACCACCCCCUGGCACAUCUUCCCUGCGCUGUCCCUCUACCUGAUGGGCGAGGCCACCAACCAGUCGUUCCGGAUCACCAUCCUGCCGCAGCAGUACCUGCGCCCCGUGGAGGACGUGGCCACCUCGCAGGAUGACUGCUACAAGUUCGCCAUCUCKCAGUCCUCCACGGGCACCGUCAUGGGCGCCGUCAUCAUGGAGGGCUUCUACGUGGUGUUCGACCGGGCCCGCAAGCGCAUCGGCUUCGCCGUGAGCGCCUGCCACGUGCACGACGAGUUCCGCACGGCUGCCGUGGAGGGGCCCUUCCUGCACGCCGACAUGGAGGACUGCGGCUACAACAUCCCGCAGACGGACGAGUCCACGCUGAUGACCAUCGCCUACGUGAUGGCGGCCAUCUGCGCCCUCUUCAUGCUGCCGCUCUGCCUCAUGGUGUUCCAGUGGCGCUGCUUCCGCUGCCUGCGGCGCGAGCACGACGACUUUGCCGACGACAUCUCGCUGCUCAAGUGAGCGCGGCGGCACGCGGGGCGCGCGGCCAGGUGAGGCGGCGGCGC